AUGGCCAAGUUUGCCCUGAAUCAGAACCUGCCUGACCUGGGCGGCCCUCGCCUGUACCCCAGCGUGACUGGGGGAGCUCGCAGCCCGAGUUCGCCCUACUCGGUGGAGACGCCCUAUGGCUUCCACCUGGACCUGGACUUCCUCAAGUACGUGGAGGAGCUGGAGCGCGGCCCCGCCGCCCGCCGCGCCCCGGGCCCCCAGCCCGCGCGCCGCCCCCGCGCGCCACGGGCCGGCCUCGCAGGCGCGCGCAGCCCAGGCGCCUGGACAUCCUGCGAGUCCCUGGCCAGUGACGAUGGCGGAGCACCGGGCGCUCUCUCCCCGGGCGCGCCGUCGGGGCUGAUGCUGCCGCCGCUAUCGCCGCGCGCACCCAUGCGCAAUCCGCGCGUCGAGCACACGCUCCUGGAGACCAGCCGGCGGUUGGAGCUAGCGCAGGCGCACGAGUGCGUGCCCAGCCCCGGCCGCGCGAUCCCGCGCAGCCCGCGCGGGUCCGGCCGCAGCAGUCCCGCCCCCAACCCGGCCCUGGCCUCGCCCGGCCCCGCGCAACUGCAGCUGGUGCGCGAGCAGAUGGCAGCGGCGCUGCGGCGCCUGCGCGAGCUUGAGGAGCAGGCGCGCGCGCUGCCCGAGCUGCAGGAGCAGGUGCGCGCGCUGCGCGCCGAGAAGGCGCGGUUGCUUGCUGGGCGCCGGCAGCCCGAGCCCGACGGGGAGGCCGAGGCGCGCCCGGACAAGCUUGCUCAGCUGCGGCGGCUCACCGAGCGCCUGGCCACCUCUGAGCGCGGCGUUCGCGCCAGGGCCAGCCCCGGGGCUGACGGCCCUGACGGGUCGGCUUCUAGCCUCAGCGAGGGUGCGCUGCAGGUCCUCGACGGGGCGCCCCAGACGCGGGGUACAGGCACCCAGACCGUGCUGGAGACUCAAGAGGCGGGAGCCCAGGCGGUGCCGGAGACCCAGGAGGCCGGCGUGGGGGCAGCCCCCGAGACCCUCGAGGAGGAAGCGUGGGUGACGGAGGCUCUGCUGGGGCUGCCCGCGGCCGCCGAGCGCGAGCUGGAGCUGCUUCGCGCCAGCCUGGAGCAUCAGCGCGGGGUGAACGAGCUCCUGCGGGGUCGCCUGUGCGAGCUGGAGGAGGCCCGCGAGGCUGCCGAGGAGGCACAGGCAGCCGAGGAGGCACAGGCAGCGGUGGCGGCCCAGCUCCAGCCGUGCGAGGCUGCCACCCAGACCCCGUGGGGUUGUGCCGAGAGGGCCACGCAGACCGAGCCCGCUGUGGAGGCCCCUGCCCCGACGCAGGAGAACCUGCCCAGACCCACGGAUGGGGACAGGGCAGUGGCACCCGCGGGCACCCUCAAAUCCAUUAUGAAGAGGAGAGACGGUACACCUGGCGCCCAACCCAGCCCCGGAACCAAGAGCCUGCAGUUUGUUGGGGUCCUCAACGGAGAGUACGAGAGCUCAUCCAGCGAGGGCGACAGCGACAGCGAGGACGGCGCUGCCGAGCUCCCGAGGAGCAGUUCGUCGGGCUCAGGAGACGACAGCGGCGGGGGAUCCGACUCCGGGACCCAUGGCUCUCCCAGCGGCGGGGAGGCCCGGGACCCCGAGCCGGAGGCAGAGCCUCAGCCGGGUGCGCAGGGGAGGUGCGAGCUGAGCCCGCGUUUGAGGGAGGCAUGUGCAGCGCUGCAACGGCAGCUGAGCCGACCCCGCGGAGUCGCCCGCGACAGUGGCGCGGCGCGCCUAGUGGCCCAGGAGUGGUUUCGAGUGUCGAGCCAGCGGCGCUCUCAAGCGGAGCCCGUGGCCGGCGUGCUGGGCGCGGUGGUGCGCCUGGGACGUGAGCUGCUGGAACACGUGGUGAACCUGACAGAUGGCAACGGGAACACAGCCCUGCACUACAGCGUGUCCCAUGGGAACCUGGCCAUCGCGAGCUUGCUGCUGGAUACAGGGGUCUGCAAGAUUGACCACCAGAAUCGAGCUGGCUACUCCGCCCUCAUGCUGGCUGCACUCACCUCUGUGGGGCGAGAGGAGGACAUGGCUGUGGUCCAGAGACUCUUCCGCAUGGGCAGUGUUAACGCCAAGGCCAGCCAGACGGGACAGACAGCCCUCAUGCUGGCCAUCAGCCACGGCCGCCAGGACACAGUAGCGGCCCUGCUGGCAUGUGGGGCAGAUGUGAACGUGCAGGAUGCAGAUGGGGCCACAGCACUGAUGUGCGCCAGCGAGUAUGGGCGCCUGGACACUGUCCGGUUGCUCCUGGCCCAGCCAGGCUGCGACCCCGCCCUCCUGGACAACGAGGGCACCAGUGCCCUGGCCAUUGCCCUGGAGGCUGAGCAGGAUGAGGUGGCCGCCCUGCUGCACGCCCACCUGAGCUCAGGCCAGCCCAGUCCCCCGGUGAGUCUGCCCUCUGACCACCUCACGGCCAAGCCAGGUGAAGGAGGCUGCAGUGAUGGUGGAGAGGAGCCCCCACCUCAGUGA